AUGAACACAGUCGGGCCUCUAUCAAAUAGACAAGAGACAUAUGAAUACUAUCAAUUACCAUAUUGUCGUGGCAAGCAAGUCGUGGAACACCACCAUGAGACUUUGGGAGAGGCAUUAUUAGGAAUGGAAUUGGUAAACUCGGGAAUUGGGAUGAAGUUUCUUGUCGAUGAAGAAAAUGCCACAAUAUGUGAUGUCUUGCUUACUGCUAAAGAUAUACGCUCCUUUCGUUAUGCAAUAACGAACAAUUAUUGGUAUCAGAUGUUCCUUGGAUUCGUUGGAAUAGAGGACCGCAAUACAACAGAUGCUUAUUUAUACUCUCAUAGCAGCUUUGUCAUAAGCUAUAAUGGCGACAAGAUAAUUGAGGUUAACAACACGAGUGGAAACCCUGUCAGAUUGCCUUUGGAAUCUGAUAGAAUGCGUUUACACUUAUCAUAUUCAGUUAAAUGGGUUGAUACUAAUGCCAGGUUUGAGGAUCGAUUCGACAAGUAUUUGGACGCGGAAUUCUUUGAACAUAGGGUUCAUUGGUUCUCCAUAUGGAAUUCUCUUAUGAUAGUAAUUGUUUUAACUGGUGCUGUUGGUUUUUUGCUAGUCCGGAUGCUCAAACGCGACUUUGCCCGAUAUGACAGAAUGGAAAGUUUUGACGAUCUGGAUCGUGAUUUUGGCGAUGAAUAUGGAUGGAAGCAAGUUCACGGUGACAUAUUCCGUUCACCACCGCGACUAUUGUUGUUUUCUGCAUUGGUUGGAACUGGUCAUCAACUAAUAUGGCUUAUGUUGGUGUUGAUUUUGUACAUAAUUAUUGGCGAGCUUUAUGCAGAGCGUGAUACUAUAUUGACAGCAGCAAUUUUCCUGUAUGCCUUGACAUCGGUUAUUGCUGGCUUUACGACUACGCGAACAUACAGUAUUUAUGGAGGACGUGACACGUUUAAGGCUGUUCUACUUACAGCGACAUUAUGUCCAGGUUUCGCGAGUGCUGUUACUUUGUUCAUUAAUAUAAUAGCAGUAUACUAUUCUAGUUCAAGAGCUAUUCCAUUCCUGGUUAUCUUGGCGAUGCUAGCCAUAUGGUUGUUCUUAGUGAUCCCGUUAACCAUGCUUGGUGCCGUUCUAGCGAGUAGUUGGGGCGUCCAACCGGACUUUCCUUGUCGGGUGAAUCCAAUACCACGAACUAUCCCUGAUAAAGCCUGGUAUUUAUGA